UUAGUAUUUUUGAAAGAGUUUAACGUUUUAGUUGUAAUAGGUUUUGUAAAUAUCGUGAAUUUGAGAUACCUACACAAAGUACCUCAGUGUAAUCAACCGUUCAAACGUUUAAAAUAGUGCAAUGUUUACUUUUUAUACUGAUUACAGGGCGCUUCAGUAAAUAUUAUGCCCUUUCAUUCAGUAUAAUUGGUACGAAAUUAUCAUACAAGUGCAAAUAGGAUGGGUAACACAAGUAAAAAGCUGGCGGCAAAAUGUACACUGCUCACAAGGGACGAGCAGAAGUAUGUGGCUGCAACAUUCCGGACGGCCAGCAAAAACUCGGAGAGGAUAAGAGAGGAGGACCUGAUCGUGAGUGGCAAACUAGAUGCCGUGUCCCUCCAAAAAUUCUGGGGUCCGCAAAUGGAUCCGCGGCUGGCGCAGUACCUCACCAACUUCCUGUUCGGCAGCGGCCAGCAGAAGGCGCAGAGCGUCGACUUCAACCGCUUCGCCGAGCUCUACGUCUUCAACGUUAGAGGCACGGUGGAGGAGCGUCUGAUCGCGACGUACAACUGUCUGGGCAUGGACUACAGCGAGGAGGCGGAACUGCCCUACCAGCUGCUCAAGGAAUAUUGCGAGAGCAUAGUCUCCACUUAUAUCAAGAUGGUGAAGGGUGGAGCUGGGGGUGGGGCUGGGGGCGGGGCCGGGGGCGGGACGUGCGCGGCGCGCGGCGCCCGCUGGCUGGAGAAGGGGUUCCGUGCGGGCGCGUCGCAGGUGCAGGCGCUGGGCGAGGCGGCCGCCGCCAGCGCCGCGCCGGACCUCGACGCGCCGCACCACGUAUGCAGCGCCAGCCAGCUCACUAAGUGGCUGCAGUCGAACAUCCUGCUGAGGCAACUGGCGGAGUUGGUGUUCGAGACGCUGUACGGCGUGCGACGCGCCGACGACGCGCCCGCCCCGCAUCCCGCAGCGCCCUCCCUCAUACCCGCGCCCGACGGUCUGGAGGCGAUGCCUGACUACCCGGCGUUCACGGACCUGUCGCACGUAGUGUGGAUCAACAGCCACCUGCCGCAGCAGCACCGGCACCGCUGGCGGUUCCUCUUCUCCACGCACAUACACGGCGAGAGCUUCUCCACUAUGACCGGUCGUAUAAUCGACCAGGGUCCGUCGAUAGUGAUAGUGGAGGACUCGAGCGGGUACAUAUUCGGGGGGUACGCGCCGGCGUCGUGGGCGUUCGGCCCCGCCUUCGCCGGCAGCGACGAGUCGUUCCUGUUCACGUGCGCGCCGCGCAUGCGCGUCUACCCCGCCACCGGCUACAACGACCACUACCAGUACCUCAACCACCACACCAAAACGCUGCCCAACGGCCUGCUGAUGGGCGGUCAGUUCAACUUCGGUGCGAUUUGGGUUCCGGCGGAGCCGUUCGGGUCCGGCGCCAGCGCGGAGUCGUGCUCCACGUACCGCGGGUAUCGCCGCCUCAGCAAAGAGCCGACCUUCCACAUUCGCUCCCUCGAGGUCUGGGGCGUCGGCGACAAACCCAAGCUCGACAAGGACGAGGACGAGCGGGACACGUCGAUCCUGGACGCGAACCCGGAGGCGAAGGCGAUCCUGGACAUGGCGGGGCGCACGCGCCACAGCGAGGGCCUGCGCGAGCAGCCGCCCUUAUAACGGCCGCGCCCGCGCCUCGCCGCGCUGCUUCGCUACCUCUGCUACAGCAUACACGUGGAGUACGCCUUCUAGGUGGCGGGGCUGAGCGCACCGUCACCCUCAUGUACUCCGGUCGACGACGACGUGAUGUGUCCGCCGAGGCUACAACCGUGUAAGACAGGCCAAAGACGGACCGCAAGUUGCAGUCGGAACCGACUGCUCUAGAGCGUUCGCGUUGGAAAAUGAUUUUACUUUCUAAGCGGGUUCAUAUUUCCACUUUAUACUGUAGGUUAUGCAAUUCCUACGAGAUUUGUACGCAAAGUAUACUUUUAAACAAUUUAGAAUUAAGUACAUACUUAGUACUUAAUACUUAUAACGCGCCCAAAUCGUACUCAUGUACCCGCACAAAAAUGGCGGAUAAACCAAAAACCAUGUGCUCUUAUAAGAUUAAGUAGUUUGGUUUCAAAUUAAAAUUAUUAUUAUAUAUACUUAUUAACUAUGGUUACCAACACCAAAAACUUUACGCUGCUUAGCUUAGUAUAAGUAAAUAAUAAUGGCUAAUCUUAAUUCUUAGUUAUUGUUGUCUUAUACUAAUUUCUUAUCGAUUGAAUACUACACCUAUUUACUGUUACUAGUGUAAGUAUAGUUUAUUGAAUAUAAUAUUUCGAUUGUAAAUUAGUACUAGAUAGACCCAUUUCAUUGUGACAGUAAUGUUGAACAAUAUUAGAGUACUGUAUAGUAGAAUUAGUAUUGCUAAAACGUAGGUUAACAUUUGUUUUGUGUUGUUAGAUAAUUUAUUUGUAGGAAAUGUCAUGUUUUACUGUGUAGUCUAAAUCUAGUCUUAAACAAACGACUUCUGUUCCUGUGAUUGAGGUUAUUUCCUAUACUUAAAGUUUGUGUAGACAAUAUGAUCUGAGAAUAUUCUUAUUUAUUUCAAUUACAUACUAACGCGAUUAUUUA